UUGCUACACUUGUAAUACGACUUUGGUAGCCAUAACUUCUAAUUGACAUUUUGUCAAACAUUUUGUAUAUUUUCAUAUCACUAAUCGAAUUCGGUGCAGGUGUCAAUACUUUAGAAGCUCGCUUCAGUGAAACGCAUUCCGGCAUUCUUUCCCAUAACAUAAAACAAGUCAUGAGCUCUCCGUUACCAAAAGGUAGCGACAAACAACGUAAAAUGAAAGCUACACCAAAAUCAACAACAAACAAUUCGGAUUCGCGCACAGAGCUUGCCGAACUGGUGAAACGAAAAGCUGAAAUAUCGGAGACGCUGGCCAAUCUCGAGCGUCAAAUUUAUGCUUUCGAAGGUUCGUACCUGGAAGAUACUCAACUAUACGGCAACAUAAUUCGUGGAUGGGACCGAUAUUUGGCAUCAAACAAAAGCAUCAUAUCGAAAGCGGACAAACGUAACCGGAAAUUCAAGGAAGCCGAACGUUUGUUCUCGAAAUCAUCGAUAACAUCGUCAGCUGCCGUGACGGAAAUGAAUGAUGGACACGAAGUAAAAAAUGAGCGCAGCGAAUCCGAAUCGUUAAACGAAGACUCCAGCGAUAAUACCAUUGGCGGUAACAAUAACGUUACAACGUCGCACGAUUUACCGAUGUCAUCGCUGCCACUGAGUAGACUUGCUGGAAAGAAUCUCACAUCUACUCCAGAUAUGCGAACCUCUCGUCCGAGUACGCCCACAUCCAAAGAAUUGAGCAAAGAGUCGACUACCACCCCGCUCAGUUCGGUCAAACAUAAGCUGGCUGUGAAUUCGACAAAGAAAGCUAGUGCCAACAAAAAGAUACGCCAUCGAUAGGCGAAACGAUAGUAGAUUAUCUCCUUGUUUGAAACUUUCUAUUUUGUCAACAACAGUGUGGUUACCACGCCAGGCAAAAUACAAAGUUUCAAACAAAUACUUAAGUUAUUUUACGCACUAAGCCCCCGGGAAAUGGGUUCUAACAUUCAUGUCAAUGCAAUAAUGACUGAUUUACCAGGGGCUUAGUGAGUAAAUAUUUUUGAAUUUAAUUGUGUAGGAUGUGUGAAUUUAUGAAAUUGUAUUUGUAUUAUGAGUUUUGUUCGGAAAUAAAAUGUACAA